UGUUCCCGUUAAAGGGAACGCCGGGAGCCUCCCACUGCCCCCUUGCUUCGCGCGCGCGCAGCCCCGCAGCGCAGCGGUCUUUGCGGACGCCAGCAGCGGAGCGAACGCACCGGAGUUUGUGCCCGAGGCCACCCUGAGCAUCGGGACAGUUAUUCCUUGGGCUGCAGAAACUCGGCUGAGCGGAACUUGCCAGAAUGCUGCUGCUGUUGCUGGGUAUCAUCGUCCUCCACGUCGCAGUGCUCGUGCUGCUGUUCGUCUCCACGAUCGUCAGCCAAUGGAUCGUGGGCAACGGACAUGCGACAGAUCUCUGGCAGAACUGUAGCACCUCCUCCUCGGGAAACGUCCACCACUGUUUCUCAUCAUCCCCAAACGAAUGGCUGCAGUCUGUCCAGGCCACCAUGAUCCUGUCCGUCAUCUUCAGUGUUCUGUCCCUGUUCCUGUUCUUCUGCCAGCUCUUCACUCUCACCAAAGGGGGCCGGUUUUACAUCACUGGAGUCUUUCAGAUCCUUGCUGGUCUGUGCGUGAUGAGCGCAGCGGCCAUCUACACGGUGAGGCACCCAGAAUGGCAUCUCAACUCCGACUACUCCUACGGCUUUGCCUACAUCCUGGCUUGGGUGGCCUUCCCCCUGGCCCUUCUCAGCGGCGUCAUCUACGUGAUCUUGCGGAAACGCGAAUGAGGCGCCCAGACGGUCAGUCUGAGGCUCUGAGCGUACAUGGGGAAGGGAGGAAGGAAACCAGAAAACAGAAAAAAAGAGCUAGCCAAAAAACCCAAACUCAAACCAAACCAAAUAGAAAGCAGUUGUGGGGGGGGUUGCUGUUGACUGAAGAUGUAUAUAUCUACGGUUUAUAAAACCUAUUUAUAACACUUUUUACAUAUAUGUACAUAGUAUUGUUUGCUUUUUAUGUUGACCAUCAGCCUCGUGUUGAACCUUAAAGAAGUAGCUAAGGAACUUUACAUCCUAACAGUAUAAUCACGCUCAGUAUUUUUGUUUUUAUUCGUUUUGCCCACAAACAAAAGAACUCCGUCUCGCCCCCCUCCCCUUCAUUUGAAAGAAGAUACCUCCCUCCCAGUCCACCUCAUUUAGCAAACCAAAGUGUGGGUACACCCCGCAUGGCCAAGAGCCCUGCUACUGUGGGUGACCCCGUGCAUUCAACAGAAACAUCGCUGCCUAAAGCUCCGUGUGAAGCCUUUCUCACGCACGGACAAAGUGCCCAAACUGGAGCCCUCGGCAAAAACACGGCUGCGGCUUUGGAAUACUUGCCCUUGCAGGUGGGGUAUCUCGGUCACGCAUCUAAGUGCGAAUCGGUGACAACAAAUCUGUGAAAUGGUGCUAUGGAUUUACCAUUCCUUAUUAUCACUAAUCAUCUAAACGACUCACUGGAGAUUCAAUUAACGAUUUUACAGCGUAAAAUAGAACGGAGACCUGAAUAAUUCUGUGUAAUAUAAAUGGUUUAUAACUGCUUUUGUACCUAGCUAGGCUGCUGUUAUUACCAUAAUGAGUAAAUCGUAAAGCUUUCUUCACUCCUGUAGUUUUUUCUUACGGUCAGAGCAUCAGGACAAGUGUCUAGACCCCUUGGGACUGUGAGUUCCCAGAGCUUGGCUGGAUCUAGGCUGUUCUGUGCCUCCAAGGACUGUCUGGCAAUGACCCAUAUUGGCCACCAACUGUAGAUGUAUAUACGGUGCCCUUCUGAUGCUAAGACUCCAGACCUUUGUUUUUGCUUUGCUUUUUCUGAUUUUAUACCAACUGUGUGGACUAAGAUGCAUUAAAAUAAACAUCAGAGUAACU